CGAUGCCCGACAACGGUGACCAGCAACUCCUGCUCAUCGACACCGAUCCGGGCGUGGACGAUGUGCUCGCCAUCAUGUUAGCCCUGUCAAGCCCGUGCAAAGUGCUGGCCAUCACGUGCGUGUCCGGGAAUGUGGAACUGCCCCACGUCUACACCAACGUCCUGCGGAUACUCAACUACUGCGGCAAGCUCGAGAUUCCGGUGUACCAGGGCUGCCGGCGGCCUCUGGUGACGUCCCCGAUGAACGCGGCCUGCAUCCACGGCAAGGACGGCUUGGGCGGCGCGUCGGAACGCUACCCGCUUCCCGCCGACGGCGCGUUCGAGCGUCAGAGCGAGCACGCGUCGCAGGCGCUCGUGUCGCUGGCGCGCAAGCACGCCGGCGCCGUCACGCUCGUGGCGCUCGCGCCGCUCACGAACCUGGCCGUGGCGAGCCGGCUGGACCCGGAGUUCUUCGCCAACCUCAAGCAGCUUGUCGUCAUGGGCGGCACGUGCGACGGCAUCGGGAACGUGACCGCUUCAGGCGAAUUCAACUUCGUUUGUGACCCCGAAGCAGCCAGAGUCGUGCUCACCGAAGCCUGCGAGAAGAUUCAGCUCGUUCCCUACGAAACGUGCAUCAGGCACUACCUCGACUGGGACUGGUGCACCAACUGGGUCAACUUGAACACGCACAAGAGCCGCAUGGUGCGCGACAUCUCCGAGGGCAUGAUGAGGCGCUUCCGGGACACGCUCAAGCUGCCCGGUUUCUCCUGCUGCGACCUGCUGGCCAUGGCCACCGCGGUGAACCCUGGCGUGGUGCUCAAGACCGAGGCGUACCCGGCAUGGCUCGAACUGCACGGCACGAGCACACGUGGCACGCUCAUCGUCGACAAGCGGCCCGGCAUGAAAGGCGCCAAGCCCAACAUACCCUUCGUGCUCCAGCUGGACACGAACGUGCUCAAAGAGAUGUACACGCACAUGGUGCGCUGA